AUUCCUGCGGAGUCGAAAGGAUUAACUUGGCCAGAUAAAGGCGGCGAGGGAGGAGAACCUGGACCUUGGACCUGCGAUGGACUCCAGCGCGGGGGAAUAUGGCAUGGCUCGUCUUGGAUUGUUUUUGGUUUUGAUGGGGCUGUGGAGAUUUAGCGAUGCCUGCCCCAAAUCCUGCACUUGCAGCAUCUCAAGGAUUGUUUGUAUUGAUUCGGUACCGGGGAUCGAGGAUUUCCCUGUGCUCACGUUAGAUGACAUGGAAAACAUCACCGAAAUAUACAUCGCGAAUCAGAACAGACUUUACGACAUCAACGACAGCAGCUUGAGAUACUACAUAAACCUCAGAAACCUGACAGUGACCAGGACCAGGUUGACGAAUAUAUCGUUAGAUGCAUUUUUCAACAAUACAAGACUUCAAUAUGUAAAUUUCAGAGAUAAUAACAUAUCAACGCUGUCAUGGAGAAUAUUUCAGAACUUACUGAACACCUAUUCACUCCAGCUGUCUGGGAACCCACUGGAUUGUACUUGCGAGAAUAUGUGGAUCAAACUGAGGCUCCAAGAUGAAAUGGAGAGUCAAGACCUGAAAUGUAUCGAUGAUGGAGGAGUAGCGCAGGAGUUCAUGAACAUCACCCCACCAGACUGCAAGGUUCCCAAAGUAGAGGUCACCCCCACCACAGUGACUGAGAUGCAGGGCCGUAACAUCAAAGCUGUGUGCAAAGCCACGGGCUCCCCUCCUCCGGAGAUCCUGUGGAACCACGACACACUCUACACGCACCACGAGAUCGACACGUCGGAUUCAGAGAGCAGCCUGACCUUGUCCAGCCUGUCUCCUGAUGAUAAUGGCAGGGAGAUCAUAUGCAGCGCUGAGAACAUGGUGGGUCAGUCCGUGGCCACCCUUCAGCUCAAUAUUCUCUUUGCCCCCUCCAUCCUGCAGCUGCUGGGGCCAAAGCAGGACCACCACUGGUGCAUUCCCUUCAGCGUGGUGGGGAACCCCCAGCCUAAGCUGCAGUGGUACCACCGGAACGUUCCUCUGAAGGAGCAGGAGUACAUCCGCACCAUGAUCCACGAGGCCACGGAGAGCGAGUACCACGGCUGCCUGCAGCUGGUCAACCCCACCCACAUCCACAACGGCGUCUACAGGCUGCUCGCAACAAACGAAUACGGACAGGAUGAGAAGAAUAUUACUGCACAGUUCAUCGAACCGCCCAAAAUCGAUCCAGAGGACGAAAUUAUCUACGAACCAUCACCAUUGGACAGCGUUGCAGUAAGUGAUUCUCAUCUAAACCAGAGGAUUAUGAACCCGGUGUAUGUCGUCGUGGGAAUUGCAGGAGUUGCACUGACCGGCUGCGUCUUGAUGGUGAUCAUUCUGAAGUAUGGACGAAACUCAAAGUUUGGUAUUAAAGGCUCCUCCUCAGUCAUCAGUAACGACGACGACUCUGCCAGCCCUCUUCAUCACGUCUCCAAUGGCAACAACACCCCGUCGUCCUCUGAGAUGGGCCCAGACGCAGUGAUCAUCGGGAUGACAAAGAUCCCUGUCAUCGAGAACCCACAGUACUUCCGGAACUCGGGCAGUAUGCUGAAAUCCGACACGUUUGUGCAGCACAUCAAGAGACACAACAUCGUCCUAAAGAGGGAGCUGGGCGAGGGCGCCUUCGGGAAGGUCUUUCUGGCCGAGUGUUACAACCUGACUCCAGACCAGGAGAAGAUUCACGUGGCAGUGAAGACUCUGAAAGAGGCCAGUGAGAGUGGGCGGGCCGACUUCUACAGGGAGGCGGAGCUUCUCACCAACCUGCAGCAUGAACACAUUGUCACAUUCUACGGAGUGUGUGUAGAGAGCGACCCACUCAUUAUGGUGUUUGAGUACAUGAAACAUGGCGACCUAAACAAGUUUCUAAGGUCCCACGGUCCUGAUGCUGUGCUAAUGGCAGACGGUCAGCACAGCAUCCUGGUGGAGCUCACCCAGUCCCAGAUGCUGCACAUUGCCCAACAGAUUGCCGCUGGCAUGGUCUACUUGGCCUCCCAGCACUUCGUCCACAGAGACUUGGCUACCAGGAACUGCCUGGUAGGAGAAAACCUGCUGGUCAAGAUAGGAGACUUUGGCAUGUCCAGAGACGUUUACAGCACAGACUAUUACAGAGUGGGCGGUCAUACGAUGCUGCCGAUCCGCUGGAUGCCCCCAGAGAGCAUCAUGUAUCGAAGGUUCACCACGGAGAGUGAUGUGUGGAGCCUCGGCGUGGUGCUGUGGGAGAUCUUCACCUACGGCAAGCAGCCAUGGUACCAGCUCUCCAACAACGAGGUGAUCGAGUGCAUCACCCAGGGCCGUGUGCUGCAGCGUCCUCGUACUUGUCCUAAGGAAGUGUAUGACCUGAUGCUGGGCUGCUGGCAGAGGGAGCCCUACAUGAGGCUCAACAUCAAGGAGAUCCACAGUCUGCUCCAGAGCCUGGCCAAGGCCUCACCUGUCUACCUGGACAUACUGGGCUGAGACACCACUCUGUGUGUGUGUGUGUGUGUGUGUGUGCUCGUGUGUGUGUGUGUGUGUGUGUGUGUGUGUGUGCUCGUGUGUGUGUGUGUGUGUGCUCGUGUGUGUGUGUGUGUGUGUGUAGAAGUGUUAGUGUGUUGUGGCUUCACAUGAUGGAACAGACAGAAAGGAUAAGCCUGAAGGUGUGUGUGUGUGUGUGUGUGUGUGUGUGUGUGUGUGUGUGUGUAUCUGUGUACAGUACCUGACUGUAAAUGUUUCUGUAAAUGCUACCGUCCAUGUCCUCAUUACAUUGAGAAAAGCCUUAAAUUCAAAGUGACUUUGA